AUGGGUCCCGCGCCAGCAUCCAGAGAUGACCUUACCAGCCGUGUUCUCCCUCAGAUGUCACAGAAAAGGCGGCAGGCGAGGUUCUCUGUCAAAGGAAACGCGAUCGUCAGCGGAGGGUGUGGCAACCUUGGGAUCGAGGCAGCGCGUGCCCUCCUGGAGCAUGGCGCAUCGGGCGUGUCGCUAUUUGACGUCAAUCCAGCGCAAUCCCUGGAUGUUGUUGAUAAGUUGCGUUCUGAUUUCCCAUCGGCAAAGAUCAUCACGAGGAAGGUGGACGUUCGCGACCAGCAGGUCGUUCAAGCAGCCGUCGCGGAGACUACUGACGAGCUCGGAAGCGUUGAUAUUCUCCUGUGCUUUGCAGGUGUGGUCGCUUGUAACCACGCCCUUGAUGUUGCUCUUGAUGAGUGGAAGCGUACCCUUGACAUCAAUACGACAGGAAGCUGGCUGUGCGCCCAAGCAGCAGCAAAGCAGAUGGUCAAACAAGGGACAGGCGGUAGCAUCGUCUUCACAGCAUCCAUCUCCGCGCACAGUGUCAAUUUCCCGCAGCCGCAGGUCGCGUACAACGUUUCCAAGGGCGCGCUCCUGCAGCUCAAGAGCUCUCUCGCUGCCGAGUGGGCUCGUUAUGGUAUCCGUGUCAACAGCAUCAGCCCAGGAUAUAUGGACACGAUAUUGAAUGAAGGUCCAGGGCUUGAAGAAGCUAGGGAUCUAUGGUACUCGAGAAACCCCAUGGGACGCAUGGGGGACCCGAGCGAGCUGACGGGUGUUGUUGUGCUCCUCUGCAGCCGUGCGGGGAGGUACAUCAACGGGACUGAUAUUCUUGUAGACGGCGGUGGAUCUGUUUUCUGAUUGAUACGUGUGCUAUGACAACGCUCAGACUAAGAUUUUGGAGAAUAUGUGGCAUGGAUUAUAGACGUACCGACCACCUAGGUACGUAAGGGGAAAAGGAGCAUGUUGCAUGACGAUGGUCAUCGAAGUCAAACACAACGAUGUUUUGGGCACCGCUACAGUUCCUGACCAGGACGGCAUGACUCGAUGUUGACCCGUAAAUUGAUGUUUCCAGGCAAAGGCGGUGCCCGCAGUCAGGCACUGGACACGCUCCAUGGACAGGAGGGUUGUAAAGUAUAGUCGUUGAAAAGUACAGCUAGGUCAGAAUUUUAUUUUAUUGUUCUAGGGUUGUUGCCAGUCAGUCCGCGAGGGUUCAAGCAACCACUGUUAUCUUAGUAUAACGAUUCGAUUGCCAGCCUUUGCCAGCGUACUGACCGCUGAGUCGUGGUACCGGGCUGUCCCACGGAUGAGGGGAAAGUUACUUAUUAGCUUGCUUUGAAAUGGCAGAAUCGAAGAAAUUG